AUGGCGUCCACCGAUAUUGCUACUCAGGAGCUUAAGAAUCCCAUUGAUGUCACCGAGUACCUCUUCCGACGUCUCCGCGAGGUCGGAAUCCGCUCGGUGCACGGCGUGCCUGGUGACUACAACCUCGCAGCCUUGGAUUACCUGCCUCGAUGUGAUCUCAACUGGGUUGGGAACUGCAACGAGCUUAACGCCGGUUAUGCCGCCGAUGGAUACGCUCGUGUGAACGGUAUUAGUGCCAUUGUCACAACCUUUGGUGUCGGAGAGCUGUCAGCCCUCAACGCCAUUGCUGGCUCAUACUCCGAAUUCGUCCCGGUCGUUCAUAUCGUUGGCCAGCCCACCACCCAAUCCCAGAGAGAUGGAAUGUUGCUACACCACACUCUCGGAAAUGGUGACUUCGACGUCUUCAACAAGAUGAGCUCUGCGAUCUCUUGCUAUGUCGCUCGACUGAAUGACCCCCAUGAUGCGGCAACUCUUAUCGACAGUGCCAUUCGUGAAUGCUGGAUCCGCAGUCGUCCAGUCUACAUUACUUUGCCCACCGAUAUAGUCGCCGCCAAGGUCAACGGUGAUCGGUUGAAGACACCCAUUGACCUGUCGCUGCCUAAGAAUGACCCGGAGAAGGAAGAUUAUGUUGUUGAUGUUGUUUUGAAGUAUCUCCAUGCUGCCAAGAACCCUAUCAUCUUGGUCGAUGCCUGUGCCAUUCGUCACCGAGUACUUGAAGAAGUGCAAGACCUCGUUGAGAAGUCUGGACUGCCGACCUUCGUAACCCCUAUGGGCAAGGGAGCCAUUAACGAGACACACAAGAACUUCGGAGGUGUUUAUGCCGGAAACGGCUCCAACCCUGGAGUCAGCGAGGCUGUUGAGGCAUCCGAUCUCAUCCUGAGCAUUGGCGCCAUCAAGUCUGACUUCAACACUACCGGUUUCACCUAUCGCAUUGGACAGCUGAACACCAUUGACUUCCACAGCACCUAUGUGCGGGUCCGGUACUCCGAGUACCCCGAUACCAACAUGAAGGGGGUCCUGCGGAAAGUCGUUCAACGGAUGAAGCCUCUGACUCCCGGCCCUAUCCCCUCACUCACGAAUCGACUGUCCGACGGCGAACGAGCCUCGACCGACCAAACCAUUACGCACAACUGGCUAUGGCCGAUCGUUGGACAGUGGCUGAGAGAAAAGGACGUCAUCAUUACAGAGACUGGAACUGCCAACUUUGGUAUCUGGGACACCCGCUUCCCUGCCAACGUAACUGCCAUUAGCCAGGUCCUCUGGGGCAGCAUUGGUUAUUCUAUGGGAGCCUGCCAGGGUGCCGCGCUCGCUGCGAAGGAACAGAAGAACCGCCGGACCAUCCUUUUCAUCGGUGAUGGAAGUAUCCAAUUGACCGUGCAGGAGCUGAGCACAAUUCUGCGGAACAAGUUGAACCCUAUUGUGUUCGUGAUCUGCAAUGAAGGAUACACCAUCGAGCGAUACAUCCACGGAUGGGAUGCGAAGUACAAUGACAUCCAGUCCUGGGACUUCGCCAACAUUCCCAAGGUUUUCGGCGGCAAGGAGAACUACCAGGGAUACCGGAUCAAGACCCGUGACGAGCUCAACAAGCUGUUUGCCGACCAAGAGUUCAAUUCUUCCGACAAGCUUCGGUUGGUCGAGCUGUACAUGCCGCGCGACGACGCUCCUGCAGGUUUGAAGCUCACUGCCGAGGCCGCUGCCAAGCGAAACGGUUAA